AGUGAAUUAGCUGGUCGAGAAGAGCGGGGAAUGAAACUGGGACUUGGAGACUUUGUAUUCUAUAGCCUUCUGAUAGGCCGAGCCUCCUUGGAUGGCGAUGCAAUCACAAUUAUUGCUUGCUAUGUCGCAAUUUUGGUGGGAAUGUGUGUAACCUUAAUUGGACUUGCUAUUUUCCGUAAAGCGUUGCCUGCUCUUCCUGUGUCUAUUGCUUGCGGAAUUAUCUUCUAUGUAGCCACUUCAUGGGUGAUUUCCCCUUUUGUUGAAAUGAUGUCAUUAUCUAGGAUCUACUACUAA